AUCUUUGGUUGAACUAGCCGGCUAGCUGCUAACUCACAGAGACGCCAUUAGUUGUUGGAAAGAUUUAGGUAGAAACAGGAACUGGUUCCGUCCGCGGAGCCGUGUUUCCCCCCAGCUGCUGACGGGUUCUGGUUGAAGUUCGGGUCCUGUGUGCUGCUGAAGUGUUCUUAUGGUUUUUAGCUCCUUUUUAAAGUCGGAAGCCAGCGGACUCAGUUCCGCCGUCGGGGUUAGCAUUAGCAGCGGUAGCUCGGAGACGCCUCUUUUUUUGUUUGUUUUGUUUUUAUCUAAAUUCGGGAUUUGGUGAAUAAAAAGGUGUAACCAUGGCAACAGCGGGCGCGGCCGGCGGCGCUAAAACCUUCUCCUUUAAGGUGGUGUUACUCGGGGAAGGCUGCGUGGGGAAGACGUCCCUGGUUCUGCGGUACUGCGAGAACAAAUUCAACGACAAACACAUCACGACCCUGCAGGCGUCCUUCCUCACAAAGAAGCUCAACAUCACAGGGAAACGGGUCAACCUGGCCAUCUGGGACACGGCGGGUCAGGAGCGUUUCCACGCGUUAGGUCCAAUCUACUACAGAGACUCCAACGGAGCCGUCCUCGUGUACGACGUCACAGACGAAGACUCGUUUCAGAAGGUGAAGAACUGGGUCAAAGAGUUGAGGAAAAUGUUGGGAAACGACAUCUGUCUAUGUAUAGUUGGAAAUAAAAUAGAUUUGGACAAAGACCGACAUGUUUCAGUGGAGGACGCCGAGAGCUACGCCGAGUCGGUGGGAGCCAAACACUACCACACAUCAGCCAAGUUGAACAAAGGCAUCGAGGAGCUCUUCCUGGAUCUGUGUAAACGAAUGAUGGAAACGGCUCAGCAGGAAGAGAGGGCAAAGGGUAACGGAGCCAGCCAAUCAGCAUCCAGUAGGCGGGGCGUACAGAUCGUUGACGAUGAGCCACAGGCCACGCCUGCCGGCGGGUGUUGCUCCUCCGGCUAACACACACACACACACACACACACACAUGCACGUUUAUCAGUGUCUGUCGUCCAUCCGCUCAAUAAUAACCGCUGCCUCUGUUGCAAAGGAGCAUGGGAAAUCAUUUUAAGUUUGUUUCUUCUGUGUUCCCUCCAAAAUAAAGUAACUGAAGAUUUUCUGAUUUAACUGCUCGUGCUUUUUUUAGCACUUUGAUCCUAAAAACUGUUGGAGUU